AUGGCUCAAAAUCGUUCUAUGGAAGCCCGUACGGGGCGAAAGAACCAACGCUACGGUUCUAAAGGCGAACGCCUCGUCGCUGGUGUCGUCCCCCUCUCAAAUGACAAGUCCAGAGUCCUCAUGAUUCAGUCCCAAGGCCCCGGUGGUUGGGUCCUCCCCAAGGGCGGCUGGGAAACCGAUGAGUCAACGGCAUCACAGGCUGCCUGUCGUGAGGCCUGGGAAGAAGCCGGUGUCAUCUGUACCGUGCAGCGGGAUCUGGGACUAAUCCCCGACAUGCGACCAAACACCCUCCUAACUUCCAAUGCGCCCAAGGCUUCCUACCAAUUCUUCGAAGUCACGGUUGAAAGAGAAGAGGCCGACUGGCCUGAGAGGCAUAAGCGCCAACGCAAAUGGGUUACCUAUGCCCAGGCUGCAACUGCGUUGGCCAAUCGACCUGAGUUGUUGGAAGCUCUAAACCGCAGCUCCUUACAGCGGUAG